AUGAAAGUGAAAAAGGAAAGGAAAAGGGCCAAAAGGGAGAAGGUCAAUUCAAAUGAUUCCAGGUACAAAGCCAGACAAGCCCAGUUAUGCACCUUUUCGAGCUUCGUUGAUGAGAGCGACAGGAGGUCCGGGAGGGGCCGCACGGCCGUUGUUAUAAUAAUCCGGAGUAUACCACAAGAAGGCAACAUAAAGGGACAAGGUGCAGAAGUACCCUUGGAGCUGGAAGAGAGUAACGAAAGACGGCAAGGAAAUACAGUAUUCUUACCAACACCAUGCAGACAAUACGUAAAAAUGGAGAGGAAAGUCUCGCCCAUUGGUGAAUAUAAAAGAGUGGACAGGCCGCACCGGCAAUCUGGUUGGAGACCUCAAGUUUACGACGUGAAACCCAAGGAUAGAGAGGCCUUGGGCAGCAGAAAUGUUUCCACCCACAUUGUUACGGGGCGCAGGGGUAACGUAUGGUCUGCGUGGUAUUCCCAUACAGUUCCAGCCCAGCCACAGACGAGACGAGGCCGUCAGAGACAGCAAUUACCCAGUACGCGCGGAAAAACUGUCAGGGGAGGGGUGAGGAAGGGGAUUGAAGAGAUCCCGAAGCAUCAAAUAAUAACUGGCAGGCGACCAAACUGCCUAGAGAGAGGCAGAGGGGAGCUAGGCGGAGCAUCAGCGAUCUUGGUGUGGAAACAUCGGCAAACGGUGGAAGGUAGGAUGCAUGGAAUGGCUUUCCGCGUUGUUUGA